CUGACCAGGCUCGGUUGAGUCGACGGAUUGAGGAGGAGUGCGGUUGGAGUGUGAGAUGGUCGCGGCCGCGAUGAUCUGACAGAUGAAAUAGCGAAAAAAGAAAAAGAAGGCGGUCGUCCUCCCACACUAAACAAUGUUCCCCAAAGGAAAAGGCACCCCGGUGCCGUCGGACAGCCAAGCACGAGAAAAGUUGGCUCUAUACGUUUAUGAGUAUUUAUUGCACAUAGGAGCACAGAAGUCUGCACAGACCUUUUUAUCAGAGAUUCGAUGGGAGAAAAAUAUAACACUCGGAGAACCCCCUGGAUUCCUACAUUCCUGGUGGUGUGUUUUCUGGGACUUGUAUUGUGCUGCACCGGAGAGGAGAGAGACAUGUGACCACUCCAGCGAAGCGAAGGCCUUCCAUGAUUAUAGUGCAGCAGCAGCCCCCAGCCCUGUGAUGGGAGGGAUACCCCCUGGUGAGGGCAUGCCGGGAGGACCUAUGCCACCUGGCUUUUUCCAAGGUCCUCCUGGUCCCCAGGGCUCUCCUCACCCUCAGCCUCCUCCCCCUAACAGUAUGAUGGGACCACACAGUCAGUCCUUCAUGUCACCUCGCUUCGCUGGAGGCCCAAGAGGUCCCCCCAUGAGGAUGGCCAACCAGCCACCAGGUGGAGGACCGGGCCCUCAUCCCAUGUUGCCCAACAUGGAUCCUACACGACCACAAGGCCAUCCUAACUUGGGACCAAUGCAGAGAAUGAGUGGCCCUCGAGGCAUGGGGCCGAUGGGGCCUGGCCCACAGAACUUUGGUGGUGGUAUGAGGCCUCCACACAGCACCAUGGGCCCUGGCAUGCCAGGAGUGAACAUGGGUCCAGGAACAGGUCGACCAUGGCCUAACCCUAACAACGCCAACUCAAUGCCUUACUCCUCACCCUCUCCUGGUGCAUACGGGGGAGCGUCUGGAGGUGGGGGUCCUCCAGGAACUCCCAUCAUGCCCAGCCCUGCAGACUCAAACAACUCUGGUGACAAUUUGUACACUAUGAUCAACACUGGACCGGGCAACCGAAAUAAUUUCCCUAUGGGCCCUGGCUCUGAUGGGCCGCUGGGAGCCAUGGCAGGGAUGGAGCCACACCACAUGAAUGGGUCUCUAGGUUCUGGUGAUAUGGAUGGAAUGAACAAGAAUUCCCCAAACAAUUUAAGUGGCAUUAGCAAUCCUCCUGGGACCCCGAGAGAUGACGGGGAGCUGAGUGGAAACUUCCUCCACUCCUUUCAGAGCGAGAACUACUCUCCAACCAUGACGAUGAGUGUGUGACUCCCUUAACGCCACCCCCCACGCAGCAUUAUUUGCCAUCAUUCCAAGGAUCUGAACUCACAAUAGGACAUGGCCAAACACAUAAGCGCCAAAUUGGGGACAGGCGCCAUUUUGGUUCCACAAUUAUGCCAGAGUGCAUAUUGGAGAGAAAAAUCAAAAUGGCUUGCGACUACUGCUCCUAACUCAAAAUGAAGGACAAUUUCUGCAUUUAUCACAACCCCGAGUGUGACAAAACCAGCUACUGAAAUGCAUACAUGACACGUUUUCUGUUCUUUGCAGAAGCCCCCCACCCCCCACCCUCUCGGAGUCCCAUCAACCUCCUCAGCGAACAGAAAAAAAAAUGGUUGAAGUUUACCUCUUGUACAUUUUAACGAUCGCUUUGUGGUGCAAGAUGUGCAGGAAAUUAUCGCUUUUGUCACUUAAACACUGGAGAGUGUGCAUAUGCAUUGUGAGCUUGGAAAAUCUUUGUCUUGUCAUUUUACUCAUCGCCAUGCAUACCGUCUUACAAAUGUGGGUUGACAUAGGAAUCUGCCUUUCACUCACUGGCCACCUUUAUGAAUAAUGUCCUCUUCUCCUCGAGCCCGCCCUUCUAUUUGAAGAGAAAAUAUGUGAAAUAAAUAUGGCGUAUAUUGUGACCACCCUUUGCAGCCCGCAAGUGCUCAGAUGGUUCUUACAAUGUCAUAUUGAUCCAAUUUGAUCAGUUUCAGUCUCUUUUUGUUGACAGCUCAAUGACUCUUAAGCUGCUUAAUUCAAACAGCUGGACUGCUGUUGUGUUCUGUCAACUGAGGCCAGAACCAUAAGAAGUGAGUGCAUGAGUGCUGAGAAUCUGUGUACAACAUACUACCUAGUGCUGCUCUUCUCUAUUAUGUGGACACCUGCUUUAAGAUGUGGUGUGUAUCUCUUUACCUGCCUGUGCUUAACACUCUGUGCUCUUCAUCGUUGUAGCCUUCUGUGUUAUGUCCAUUUUAAUUGAGUUACGAUGAAACAGCUAUGGACAAGUUGCCCAUUUUAACCUCGUACAUAUUGGUUGUUCAUAUGUCCUUCCUGUAUCACUGGUCCCCUUGCCCCCCCUCGCCCUCCUCCUGUUUUUGCCCACCCAUAUAUUUUUUUAUAUUUUGAUACAGACUUUGACUACGUAUAUUGCCCCAGUUAUUCUGUUAGUCAAAGCUUUCUAAACCAAUUCUAGUAGGCAUCAUUAUAAACUUAGCAGCAGUCUUGUAAAUGUGAUGAAUUUUUUUUUUUUUUUUCUCCUGUGAACAUGACGCAUUAUACACAUCUGUCCUAUGUUGCCUUUAUUUGCUGAUAUUUUUUUAUUUCAAAUUGAGGAAAGAUUGCUUGUUAAUAUAAUUUUACAAUAACUUAUCUCUGUGUGGGUUAUUUUUGUCUGGAGUGUAGAUUUUCACUUCAAAAUGUUUAUGCACACGUGUAUUUUACCAUUAAUCCCAUAUUAAGCGAAUUCGUUUUGCCUAUCAGACACAGAUAUGUUACCUGCGACAAAGGAAAGCACAGGUGUGCCAAAGCGUGUGCAAUCCUAACCAGACCAUAUAUGGAUUCACUUAAUGCCGACAGUAAAAUGGGUGCUUGAUUCCGCAGGCACCACAUCAACAAGAGGAAAUCCUGAAGCGUGAGGGAGCCUUCAUGACAGAGGAAGUGCUCGCCGGGGUCAGGCUCAUCAGGGUUUAAUGUGAAAAAGGACGAGGGAUGCAUUGUUUAAUAUGUCCAAUGGUAACUAGAAAUGUUUAGUUACAGAUUCAUGUAGAAUUAACGUAACUUCUUACUAAUUUUAGGGUGUUUGUUGUAAACGAGUAAGAAAAUCAUUCAGAAGACUCUAAAAUAUUUGAGGGAUUUUUUUUUUUUUUUUUUUGGUUUAAAGCUUCUUGGUGUCUGAUUCACCUGUUUGUCUUUGCGAAAUUAGAUAGUACAUCUUUAUCAUCAAUCCUCUAAUUUGAUGAGAAAAGGGGAUUUUACGUGUUUUUGAAGGAACAGUCUUUUUGAGAGGAGGAUGUGAUGGUAAACUACAUUCAGACUGCUGCCAUAUUUUGAAAACUCACUUUAAAAUGUGUUUGAUUCACUCGUCAUGAUUUGUCCAUGACCUCAUGAAACAGUGUAGUAAAUCAUUUACAGAGUGCAAAUGAGAGCUAUGAAGAGGCUGAUUUUAAAAAUGACAAAAGAAUGAAUCAAAUACAAUUGCCUUAAUUUUAAAUUAUGAAUUAACCUGUAGUCAUUGCGUGAGGUGGGUCACCUCUCGCUAUACAACCUACCAAAUCCCACUCUUCAUUGUGGCAGUGGCUCAGUCAAGAUUUCUCAGGUGUGGAAACGGGACAAAGGGAGCACCCCUUCAGUUAAUUUGGGUGACUGGUCCUUUACUUUUCCUUAGAUAAUUAUCUUUUAUAUAUAUAAAGCUCAUUCCAGUGAAUAUUAUCCCUGAAAUGUUUCAGUUUUACAACCAAAAAAGAAAAACAUCUUGUUACUUAACUUUUUGAUUUUGGUGAUGAAAUGUUGCCCUCUGCUGGUCUCCAGCAGACACUGAAAACUUUGCUAAGAUUCAAGAAUUUACACUCCCCAAUAGCAGGUUGUACUUUAAACUUCAGAUACAAAUCUUAAAAGUCCACAGUUGGGAGUUUCUGAUAGUGUUCUGGUUCCUGUCUCAACAAUAGGAAGUUGAGCUAAGCUGCUGCUGGCUUGCCUCCACAGGAUGUGGCUCGGCUGGGAAGGAGCCAAACAUACAGUAGUUUCUCUCCAACUUCAGAGCCACACAGUUAAUGGCAUGAAAGCUGUAGCGACACAAAAUGGUGUUUGCUUCUUCCAUGUUGCAGACUUACAAGCCGUACGGAUCCUGUAGUGUUUUUUUUUUUCUAUGUAUUUCAUUCAGUUCAGUCAUAGAAUCAUUCUUUCAUUCAACAGGCUUCAUUUUUAAACACAAAUCCAGCCACACAUUAGCACCAGUGCAGCCAUUUUAUUGCUUCAAAACUUUUACAGUUAAACAUCUUAAUGUGUACCGAUAUAGAUGAGUAUAUUAUGAAUUUUGUGCUGAUAAGAGAGGAGGUGAUGAUACAGAAUAAAGCUAU